UUACUCCGAUACAUAUACAUCGUUUUAUAUAAACUAUGUACAACGAUUUCUGGAUACUCUUCGUAAAAUAGCAGCUGUGACUGGCGUGUGAUAUCAGGUAACACCUUAUAAGGGCUAUAAAAGCUUGCAUCAGUAGGAGGAGUUCUCAAAGUAAGCCCAUUACUCCGAUUGAGAUGAAGUGCCUCCUGGUGACGAUAGCCUGUUUGAUCACUUGCUCCAGUGUGGGUGCCCUUGUGCACUAUAUGAAACUGGAAAAAGGAAAGAACGGAUGCAAAUCUCCCAAGGGUGCAGAGAUGGCAGUGGGUGAUGUGGAGCAGGAUGAAAAGACUUGUGGAGCGCUUACUUGUCAAAAUACAGAAGGAGAUGCAUUUAUCCACUACUGUCAGAUACCUGCCACUUUUGCAGAAUGUGUGGAGACUGCUGUUCUGACGAACGUUGACUUUCCACAAUGCUGUUGGACCUGUGCCGCUUGGACGAACUGCGAUGGAGGAGGAGCUGGAGCAGGGGGUGCGGCUCCUCCUGCCGCUGGAGCAGCUGGAGAUGCUCCGGCGGAUGGUGCUGCACCACCUCCUGCUGCAAGAACCCAUGAAAGAAAUUCUAAGUACCAGGCAACUACAACCGAUACUACGGAAAGUGAAAGGCCACGCAACAGAGGCAAAUGGGGUUCCAAGAGGAGCACUACCACCACAUCCGAUGAAUCCGAGUUUCCCGAAGGAGUCAAUAUAAGGUUUGGCGGUGGAACACCGAUCUCCAAGUUUGGCGAAGACAGCAUUUAAGCUUAGAUGCCAGGAUAUGUAUUGAGAAGGAUCCCUAGUUAUUAAUUUAAUGCUCGAUUCCGAUCAUAAAUAAAUGACACGGCAAUGUGGACAUCAUUUGUCUCCUCGCAAAAGUGACCCACAUAUAGAGGAACGUCAGAUCGGGAGUGAUACAUAUCUUUGCCGGCAUAUCUCCAAGUUUGGCGAAGACAGCAUUUAAGCUUAGAUGCCAGGAUAUGUAUUGAGAAGGAUCCCUAGUUAUUAAUUUAAUGCUCGAUUCCGAUCAUAAAUAAAUGACACGGCAAUGUGGACAUCAUUUGUCUCCUCGCAAAA